CUCUCAACUGCCACAAAGUCAACAUGCUGGAAGAAUACGUGAUCAUUCCGAGCCUCGACGCACAGAACCGGUGGAAUAUUCAAAUUGACAACGGCAUAAUUAUAUCAAGAACCCCUUCACUACCUAGCUCAUCGUCCUCGCCCAAACUUCUCUUGCCACCUCUCUGCCACCCGCAUAUACAUCUUGACAAGGCCUAUCUCCUCACCGGCAACAAACCAACCUCCCAUGGACAGCCAGACUAUUCCGAUCUCAUGCCCCAGACGGGCGACUUCAAGGAAGCCCUCGCGAACACCUCGGCCGCGAAGGGGCGGUACACCGAAGAGGACCUGUACCUCCGCGGCUCACAGCUCCUCGCCGACAGUUACCGGCACGGGGUGACCUCGAUGCGGGCUUUCGUCGAAGUAGACGUCGUCACGCAAUUCAAGACGGUCGAAGCAGCCAUCAGACUCAAGAGGGAUUUCGGCCACCUGAUUGAGAUACAGAUCUGUGUCUUUGCUCAGGACCCCAUCUUCUCGGGAGACAGUGGGCGUCGCAACCGGGAGCUCCUCAUCAAGGCGCUGGACAAGUACGAUGGAGACGUCGAGGCCCUGGGGACGACCCCGUAUGUCGAGACGGAUCAGCACGCCGCGGUCGAGAACAUCGAUUUUGCCAUCCGGACAGCGAUUGAGAGGGGCCUGUUCCUGGAUUUUCAUCUGGAUUACCAUCUGGAACCCCCGCCGGACCCAGCACCAGGCACGCUCCUCGAGACCCUGAUCAAGCACCUCAUUUACCACAGGUGGACUGAGCGAGCUUCGAAAACCAGACAGGCUAUCGCCAUCGGCCACUGUACAAGACUAACCACCAUGGAGUCGUCAUUGACGGCAGCUGUAGCCGGCCUGAUCAAAGACCACAAGCUGCCGGUCCACUUCGUCGGGCUGCCCACGAGUGACCUCUACAUGAUGGGACGGCCCAAAGCAUCAGAGCACCAAGGCCCCGGCCGGCCACACACGCGCCCGAGGGGCACAAUGCAGAUCCCCUCGAUGAUCAAGGACCUGGGCCUCAACGGCUGCCUGGGCGUCAACAACGUCGGCAACGCCUUCACGCCCAGCGGCGACGGGGACCCGCUGCAGCUGGCCAGCUGGGGGGUCCUGCUGUACCAUGCCGGCGCGGAGUCUGAUGCCGGGCUACUGUACGGGUGCGUAAGCGAGCGGGCGAGGAGGGCGAUUGGGAUAUCCUCGGCAGAUGAGAUAGGCGAGGAGCUUUCGCGGGCGUCGCGGGACUCUCAGGGCCUAGGUCGCGGCGUGCCUGUUCCCGGUCUUCUUGUCGUUAACGAUGACUGUGUGGUCCUCCCUGGGAAAGAUGGCGAUGGGUCUGCUCGGAUCACGGUGCCUGCCCGACAGAGGCUCAGUGUCAAAGAUGUUGUCUGGGAUCCGCCCGCCCGGAGAUCCGUUUUGAGGUGAGGGAUACCUCAUAGUUUCAACGCUGUGGGAAGUUCCUGAUCCACAGUAUCAUGGCCUCGGGCUGGCUCUGAGCACCCCAAGGUGGCUGAUGAUCAGUAAGACGUAUUUCACUACAAAUUGUUUCCUUUGUACGGGUGUUUGCUACAUGGCUACAUACAGCAUCUGGUGGUGGUAGACCAGCCACCUGGGUAAGCAGUCCUCACUUGUAUAUAAAGCAAAUUCUGGUUUCUAGGUCACGGUAU